CAUGAAUGCAAAAAAGCUUGUACGGAGGAGAAAAAGUUGCGAUUUUUCGUAGCCCUUGAUACGCUUGAUGACACAGGAUUAUGACAUCUGUGUUCUCCUCUCUAGGGUUUUCCCGAGUUACUCAUUCUCGUGUCUUGUGUAUAUAUACAAAAUGUUCUUAUUACUCGAUCUGCCUUUGGCUUAUUACUCUGUUUCUGCUUGCUUUGUGAGUUUCCCUUGGGUUGAAGUAAUUUCAGAUGGCACUCCCCCCCCCCUAUGAUCCCAGUUUCACAAUGGCAUUCAGAAUCGGCGAACCGACAGAGAUUGUGAAUGACCAAGAGCACGGUGAAUCUGCUUCUGCUGCAAUCGUAGCCGCUGAUCUGAUCAGCUCUGCACGGCUCGCACUUAAGCUGGAUAGCGUUCAUACUGAGUACUCAGCUCAGUAUUUGGUGGACAAUGCUGGCUCACACGGGCGCGAGCUCACUGUCAAAGGCUGCCUUAAGUGUGCGUUAAACAAAGGCAUACCGAAAGCAGAAGAUUGGCCACACUUGGGAUCUGUGUCAAAGCCCCCAUCAUCGUACAAACCUGCUCUCGUUUCCAUGAAAGGACAAGUGAUUGAGCCUAAGGAUAUUGAGGAAGCACGUGACUUGUUGGUGCAUCAACCUGUGGGAGCAAAACUGCAUGUGUUCAGUCCACACCUUGAACUUCAACAAGACGGAAUUUACUGUGGGUCCUCAGGUGAGCCAGCCAGAUAUGUUGGACUUAGAGAUGGGAUCAUUCUUAGAGUCGAGAAGAUCUAUGGAAGGUCCAUCGCGACAGUGAAGGUAUGGUACAAGAAUAAGUUCAUAAUUCUCAAAGUGGCUUUGAGCAGGAUGUUUUAUUACAACUCUCGAAGGGCGGGGCAGCCUCGCAUAGUAGGGCCAACAGGUCUGCUUGUUGACUUUUGUGUCCCACUCCUAUCCAUCGAUUAAGCAAAGAUGAUAUCUUAUCUAGUGGAAGAUUUUGUUACAGGAGCCUUUUUUAAUAUGUAAGACCCUUAAGAAGUUGAGAUCUCUACUUUCUUAAAGACAUAUAUUUUGGAUGAUGGAUUUGUCAUUAUAAGAUAUCAUGCAUCAAGGAUGGUCA